UAUACACAUUGCAAAGAGCCAAUUAAUUGCCGAAUCCUGAAACACAAGCACUCCAUCCUAUUCACCCGCCCUUUAAAGGCCCAGCAUUCUGGUAUAUAAAUAUCCUCUCUGUAACAAGAAAAGAGAGGGAGAUUCUUGUCCUCUUGUGAAGAAGACUGUAUCUUGAAUUAAUUUCCUUUUUCAAUUUGGCCAAAACACACAAAAAGCUGAUAGUGGAUUCACUCAGAUUGUCAGGGUGGGUUUUGGGAUAUCUUUUCUCUUCCAAAAAGAAAAUACAGGUUUGCAGACAAGGACCCACCAAACUAGGAGUGGGAAAAAACAGAUUUUUUUUUGUUAUCAUUCGGAGGGUGGAAAUGUAUGUGGAGAGUGCUGAUAGUUGUUUUGAUCCCACAUUGGAAGAGGCAGUCGCAGUAGCGGAAGAUGUGGUCUUCCCUGACAGCUUCCAUUUGGAUGGAACAGAGCAAGGAGAGGAACAAGCGCGAGUUUCUGCGGCGGCCGCCACCGCCGCCAUUGAAAUGGAGUUUCAGCAGCGACUGAAUCUGGAGAUGGAGAGGUGCUACAAUAACGAUGAUGACGGUGAUAGCAAUAAUCCUCAGUUUAUGCCAAAAAUGGGCAGCCAACAACAGGACGGGAUGAUUUUUAACAUCAACAAUCAAGGGAUGUCGAAUUGGGAAGAAAUGGUGUUUUCCGAAAUGCAGAUGAGUUCUGGUAGUAAUAAUAAUCAUCAUCAUCUUCUUUAUCAACCACAACCACCCUCGGAUCUUCUGAACAAUAUGUUCCCUUUCCCGAGGCCCUCUUCUUCAUCUUCUUCUCAUCUUCUUCCGAACCCACCAUCUUUUUCAUCUUCGAAUUUCUUGAACUCAAUCGGCCUGUUUGGCGACCACCUACCAUCAGAUAGCGGAGCAUCACCUUCAAGCCAUGUCCUCUGUGACCCUUCUCUGCUGCCUCUGAAUCUGCCCCCACAGCCACCGCUGCUGAGAGACCUGUUCCACUCCUUGCCGCCCCAGAGCGGCGGGUACGGCGGAUUUGGGUCUCUGUUCGGGGAGGUGGUGGACGAGAGAGGAGAUCAAAACCAGGUGAACGGGGGAUUCUACCCAGGAAUGGAUGGAAGGGACUUUGAGAAUGGAGGGGUGUUUGAGUUCAGUGGAGAUCUGAAUGGGUUGGGGAAGAACAGAGAUGGUAAGGGCACCAAACACUUUGCGACUGAGAGGCAAAGGAGAGUCCAUUUGAAUGACAAGUAUGAAGCUUUAAAGAGAUUGGUCCCCAAUCCAUCUAAGAAUGAUAGAGCAUCAGUGGUGCAUGAUGCUAUUGGGUACAUAAACGAGCUGAAGAGGACAGUUGGGGAGCUGAAGAUUCUGGUGGAGAAGAAGAGGUGCAGCAGAGAGAGGAUGAAGAGGCAGAAGAUAGAUGGUGAUGGUAGCGGUGGCUGUGGUGGUGGCGGGGCGGGAGAGGAUGUGAAGGACCUCCAGUCUUACAACGGAACUGCCCUGAGGAGCUCUUGGCUGCAGAGGAAAUCCAAGAACACCGAGGUUGACGUGCGUAUCAUCGACGAUGAAGUCACUGUCAAGCUCGUCCAGCAGAAGAGAAUCAACUGUCUUCUCUUUGUCUCUAAGGCUCUUGAUGACCUUCAGCUUGAUCUCCACCAUGUUGCUGGUGGCCUUAUUGGUGAUUACUAUAGUUUUCUCUUCAACUCCAAGAUUUGUGAAGGUUCAACAGUGUAUGCAAGUGCCAUCGCCAAUAAGCUUAUUGAGGUUGUGGACAAGCAUUAUACUACCACUGCACCCACUAACAGCUACUGAAAGUCUGGUAAUUUUAUCUCUCCAUAAAGAAGUAAUCUUCCUAACAUUUUCAGAAGUGAUGCUUUAAAAAAAACUCUCCUUAUCAAUCAGCCAUUAGCCCAUUAAAAUCGAUAUUAUUACUAUUAUUAUUAUUAUUAUUACUAUUAGUGUUGUUGUUGUUGUUACUAUUAUUAUCAGACUAAAUCAGAGUCCAGGAUAGAGCAAAGGUUAACCCCCUCUUUUUUGGAUUUAUGAGUAAAUAAACGGAAGGCCGGGCGGAUUACUUAAUGUUAGUGAAAACUUGAUGGAGAUUUGCUUUAUUAACUGCAGGACGCAUGCUUGGUGUGUUGGAUGUGCUAACCUUAUUUAGCUUCACCAAAGAAAGAUUGCACGACUUUCUUGAGCCCUUAGAAUAACUAUUGACUCGCUCAAAAUCUGAAGGUUGUUGUAAUAAUUGCGAAUAAGGAUUGUUUAGCUAAGCACAAGGAUGUUUACUAUGAUAACGUAACAGCACUGUUUAGCUUUGUAGCAGCCUAGUGGUAAAGUGUAUGGAUGAGUUUGUACAAUCAGCUAAAGUUGGUUAUUACUAUUAUAUUUUCCCAAUAUAAAGGCUAUUUUUAGGAAACUGGGAAA